AUGCUCUGGCGGCAAAAAUUAAUAUCGUUGAGAUUUUUGUUGAUACGCUCGGUCCCAAAGCUUCCUAUUAAACCAAACUUAAGCGAAUUUUUCCUGGAGUAUCGAUCGUUGUUUCCGUCAAAGUUUGUUAUUGUUUCAGCGGCAUCAAUUGCGGCAAAGGUAACACGUGGUCAUCGUUUACGGGGUUGGCAAUUGCGGGAAAACAAUAUUUUAGUAUCAAAUGACGGCUUUGGAAGCGGAUACCCUGAGGAUUCCGACACCAAAAAGCUUUUUGCUGGAGGUGCCGAUCCAGUGUUUGGUUUCAGCUUAUUGGUUUGCUUCAGCUGGAAGACGCGAUGCUAUUGUAGACAAAAAGUGCAUAAGAGC